AUGUAUGAAAACAUGUCCACAAUGGUGUAUUUAAAGGAAGAGAAAUUGGAGAAGCUCACUCAAGAUGAAAUCAUUGCCAAAACUAAGCAAGUGAUCAAUGGACUAGAGGCCCUGAAGAAUGAACACAAUUCAAUUUUACAGAGCUUACUUGAAACACUGAAAUGUUUGAAGAAAGAUGAUGAAACUAAUCUGGUUGAAGAAAAAUCAAACAUGAUUCGAAAGUCACUGGAGAUGCUGGAGCUUGGCCUUAGUGAAGCACAGGUAAUGAUGGCCUUGUCAAAUCACUUAAAUGCAGUGGAAUCAGAGAAGCAGAAAUUGCGUGCUCAGGUUCGCCGGCUAUGCCAGGAAAACCAGUGGCUACGGGAUGAACUAGCCAAUACACAGCAGAAACUACAGAAAAGUGAGCAAUCUGUGGCUCAGCUGGAAGAAGAAAAGAAACAUCUAGAAUUCAUGAAUCAGUUGAAAAAAUAUGAUGAUGAUAUUUCACCAUCAGAGGAUAAGGAUACGGAUUCCACCAAAGAGCCUUUGGAUGACUUAUUUCCCAAUGAUGAAGAUGACCAAGGACCAGGAAUUCAGCAGCAGCAUAGCAGUGCAGCAGCUGCUGCCCAACAAGGUGGAUAUGAAAUUCCAGCACGAUUAAGGACCCUUCAUAAUCUUGUUAUUCAGUAUGCUUCCCAAGGCAGAUAUGAGGUUGCUGUACCUCUCUGUAAACAAGCUCUUGAAGAUCUGGAGAAGACUUCAGGUCAUGAUCAUCCUGAUGUUGCCACUAUGUUGAACAUACUUGCUUUGGUGUACAGAGACCAGAACAAAUACAAAGAUGCAGCAAAUCUCUUGAAUGAUGCCUUGGCUAUCCGUGAGAAGACUUUGGGCAAAGAUCAUCCAGCGGUGGCAGCAACUCUAAACAAUCUUGCAGUACUUUAUGGUAAACGGGGAAAGUACAAAGAAGCUGAACCGUUGUGUAAGCGAGCUCUGGAAAUCCGGGAAAAGGUCCUGGGGAAGGAUCACCCUGAUGUUGCUAAACAGUUGAAUAACUUGGCUUUACUAUGCCAGAACCAGGGUAAAUAUGAGGAGGUUGAAUACUACUAUCAGAGGGCACUGGAAAUUUACCAAACCAAGCUGGGACCAGAUGAUCCAAAUGUUGCAAAAACAAAGAAUAACCUGGCAUCCUGCUAUCUAAAACAGGGCAAAUUUAAGCAAGCGGAAACUUUAUACAAAGAAAUUCUUACUCGUGCUCACGAACGGGAAUUUGGCUCUGUAGAUGAUGAAAAUAAGCCUAUUUGGAUGCAUGCAGAAGAGAGGGAAGAAUGCAAAGGAAAGCAAAAAGAUGGCACAUCUUUUGGAGAAUAUGGUGGCUGGUACAAAGCUUGCAAAGUUGACAGUCCAACAGUAACAACUACCUUAAAGAACCUUGGGGCGCUUUACAGACGACAGGGCAAGUUUGAAGCUGCUGAAACAUUAGAGGAGGCAGCAAUGAGAUCUCGUAAACAGGCAAGUAUGAAAAUUCUCCUUAAUGAUAUGUCUGCAUUGUGA